AUGGAUGAUCAAGAGGUUAUGGAUAUUGAAGCUCAGAUCGAGAAUGUCAACGAUGAUCCAACCCUUCCUUUUUCAAUUUUUAAAAAGGCUAAUCUUCCUAUCAUUUUAAAGUUUGAGAAUGUUGUGUACACGGUGAAGGUGAAGGAACAAAAGAACUGGCUAGGUCAAACCAAAGGCAAAACCGAAGAUAAGACCAUCUUGAAAGGUGUAAAUGGGAUCGUCAAACCAGGAGAGAUCCUGGCUAUGCUUGGUCCCUCGGGAAGUGGCAAGACCAGUUUGUUGACGGCUCUAGGAGGGCGUGUUAGUGAAGGGAAAGGGAAGCUCACAGGGAACAUAGCAUACAACAACAAACCAUUCUCCAAAGGUGUGAAGCGAGCCACAGGUUUCGUGACUCAAGACGAUGCGCUUUACCCUCACUUAACCGUUACCGAAACCCUAGUCUUCACUGCGCUUCUCCGGCUUCCGAACUCUUUCAAAAAACAAGAUAAGAUCAAACAAGCUGAGGCGGUCGUGACUGAGUUGGGUCUAGAUAGAUGUAAGAACACUAUCAUUGGAGGACUUUUCUUGAGAGGUGUUUCGGGUGGUGAGAGGAAAAGGGUUAGCAUAGGGCAAGAGAUUCUUAUAAACCCUAGUUUACUAUUUCUUGAUGAGCCUACUUCUGGUCUUGAUUCGACCACGGCUCAAAGGAUCGUGUCCAUUUUGUGGGAACUGGCUCGUGGUGGAAGAACGGUCGUGACAACUAUUCAUCAACCUUCUAGUAGGUUAUUUUAUAUGUUUGAUAAGAUCCUUCUCUUAUCAGAAGGUAAUCCUAUCUACUUCGGGCUUGGAUCCAACGCUAUGGAUUAUUUUUCUAGCGUUGGGUACUCACCAUCCGUUGAAAGGGUCAAUCCGUCAGAUUUUCUCUUGGAUAUAGCAAAUGGAAUUGGAUCAGAUGAAUCUCAGAGACCAGAGGCUUUGAAGACAGCUCUGGUUGCGGUUUACAAGUCUAAUUUGUUGGACAAUGUUAUCAAUGAUAUGAAAGGGCAAGACGAUCAUUAUAACCAAUCAAUAGAGAGUCCUGGAGAUUCUAAGCAUUUUGGAGACUGGCCAACAACAUGGUGGCAGCAGUUUUGUGUUCUCUUGAAGAGAGGCCUUAAGCAAAGGCGACACGAUUCUUUCUCUGGCCUAAAGAUUGGUCAGAUUUUUGUCGUGUCUUUACUAUGUGGUCUCCUUUGGUGGAAAACUGACCUUGCUCACUUACAAGAUCAGCUAGGGCUAUUGUUCUUUAUGACAUCCUUUUGGGGAUUCUUCCCUCUUUUCCAACAAAUCUUCACGUUUCCACAAGAGAGAAAAAUGCUUGAGAAAGAACGCUCCUCGGGCAUGUACAGGCUCUCGUCUUACUUCAUGUCCCGAGUUGUCGGAGAUCUUCCAAUGGAGCUUAUUCUGCCAACCAUUUUUCUCAUUAUCACAUAUUGGAUGGCUGGUUUAAGCCCAAAACCUGCUAACUUCUUUCUAACCCUUCUGAUCCUCCUUGUCCACGUCCUUGUCUCUGGUGGGCUAGGACUAGCCUUAGGUGCCCUAGUGAUGGAUCAGAAGACAGCCACGACGCUCGGGUCAGUUAUCAUGCUGGCAUUUUUGUUAGCAGGAGGAUUCUACGUUCGACAUGUCCCGGUGUUCAUCUCUUGGAUUAAAUAUAUAUCAAUAGGUUACUAUACCUAUAAACUAGUGAUAUUGGGUCAGUAUACGGAGAGUGAAUGGUAUCCUUGUGGUGAAGAUGGGGAAAUGAAGUGUUAUGUUGGUGACUUUGAAGGUAUUAGGCACAUAGGGUUUCAUGGUGGACUAGUCUCUGCCUUUGCCUUGGCUUUGAUGCUUGUUGGUUAUAGAGUAGUUGCUUACAUUGCUUUGAUGAGGAUUGGUAAGACCAAGUCUGGCUAA